AUGUCCUUUUACAAAGUACGAUACUUCCUAGCCAACGAUUCGUUGACCUCGAUGGGAUCAAAAUGGUCAAACAGGUUGAUGCUGUGCAACCGCUGUGGGCUGAAAAGCAAUCCCUUGUUCGUUGUGAAAUAUCACACCGUGCAACUCUGUAACAUUCAGCUUUUGAGCUACAGAAAUGCAGGGACCUUUAUUGCGUGUAAGGGGUGCUUUGCUGUUUCGGCUGCUAGCGGUGCACGUUUUUGCAAGAUUUGUGGGAACCUUGUGCAACACAAAAAUAUACACUGUGCAUCGUGUAAGGGGGAUAAGUGA